AUGGCAAAACAUCUCUCUCGGUCGCAGCAGACCCCCGAAACCAUUGACCAGCUCAAUGCCUGCGUGUCGGCUCCCGGCGCCCGCACGCCGCGGCCUAUGCAGAAGGAAGCGACCUUUCGCGAGUGGGUGGUGCAGAACCAGAUUGGUAUCUCGCUGACCAUCCUCUCCACCCUGCUGGCCGCCCACCACCUGUACCCCUCCGUGCAGCCCUUCACCACCCCGUUCUUCCAAAUGUCCUACUACCAGCCCGAGACCGGCCUAUACACCCAGGGCCGCGACGACAUCUACUUUGUUAUCAGUGCUGUUAUCGCCUUUACCGCCGUGCGUGCGAUUUUCAUAGAGUGGAUUCUGCGCCCGCUGGCCAAGGCCACCGGGCUCAAGAAGAAGGCCUCGUUGCGCUUCGCCGAGCAGGCCUGGCUGGUUAUAUACGACACAACCUACUGGAGUUAUGGCGUCUAUCUCUGGAAAAACUCGGCUUAUUGGAGCGACCUUGGAGCGAUCUGGACUGAGUGGCCGAGGCCUGGAGCCUCGGGCGCCAUGAAGUGGUACCUCCUCACGCAGCUGGCCUUUUGGAUCCAGCAGAUUUUCACCGUCAAUAUCGAAGAGCGUCGCAAGGACUAUGCCCAGAUGUUCACCCACCAUGUCGUCACGAGCACACUCAUGAGCUCUGCUUAUAUAUACCGAUUCUACAACAUCUCGAAUGUCGUGCUAUCGCUGAUGGACAUUGUUGAUUUUUUGCUGCCGGUGGCCAAAAUACUCAAAUACUACGGCUUCGAGACAUCCUGCAACAUCGCCUUUGUCAUGUUCCUCCUUGCAUGGUUUGUCACUCGCCAUGUGAUUUUUCCGGUCGUUUGCUGGUCAAUCUACCAGAAUAUACCUAAAGUCUUGCCGUAUGGAUGUUACUCGGGCAAGACGGCGGAGCUGUACUCGACCAACGCAUACCCAGACCGGUUCGCCCAUUUGUUCGGCCCAUAUCUCAGCGAGGAUGGCCCGUUUUGCAUGAACCUGACUGUCAAGUGGAUUUUUCUGUCUGCGCUUCUUUUCUUGCUGGGACUGUCGCUGCUGUGGUUCACCAUGAUUGUCAAAGUCGCCGUCAACUUUAUCCGGUCCGGCAACGCCGAGGACUCGCGGAGCGACGACGAAGACGAGGAGGAAGUCGAAAAGACAGAGAACUCGGGAAGCGAGACGACAGCCGAGCGCAGCUCUGGAUCCGAGAACUCGUGGCGCCGGUCGAACGGCUCCGUGCGAACGCGCCGCGGGGGUGGACGUGUGUUGCGUGAUAGUGACCGAAAAGCGCUGCUGGGCAGGAUCGGGUGCGACAAGCCGACGCAUGAUUGA